CAACCGAAUUCCUAUAAAUAUUUGUCAUCAACCCUUCAUCGUCCCCAUAAAUACACACAACCCUCUGCUCCAACACCUUCAAAUCUCUCCACUCUCCAAUGGCAGUUACCAUUACCACCUGCAACCUCACCAUCUUCCUCAUCACAUCCUUCUUCCUCACACCCUCCGCAACUCCCACAACCACCACCACUUGCACCACCUGCACAUACAUCAAAACUCACUCAAAUUGCCACCCAAAAGGCUACAUAAACUACCUCCAAAUCUUCUACUGCAACUUACACAAACAUCCCAAAUUAGGCUUCCUUCUUCUCCUCGUAUGGCUAGCAAUCCUCUUCUACAUAUUAACCAACACCGCCUCCGAUUACUUCUGCCCCGCCGUUGACCACCUCUCUAAAACAUUAAACCUCUCCCCUGCUAUCGCCGGAACUACUCUUCUUCCGUUAGGUAACGGCGCACCGGACGUUUUCGCCACCAUUAUCUCCUUCACCGCCGCCGGAGAUGGCGGCGACAUCGGCCUCAACACAAUUCUCGGUGGGGCAAUUUUUGUUUCAACUAUUGUUGUCGGAAUUCUCAGCUUGUUAAUCUCGUACCGUCGCAAAACUGUCAUUGUUGAUAAACCUAAUUUCAUCAGAGACGUUGUGUUUCUUAUAUUUUCUCUCUCGAAUCUUCUUGUGGUCGUUAUUAUUGGUAGAAUUAACUUGUGGGCAUCAAUUGUUUUCGCUUCUGCUUACGUUGUUUACAUAUGUUUGGUUUCGUAUAUGCAUUUUGUCAGCAUGAAGAAACAGAGUGUUGUUUCAACUGAUGUUCAUGAUCAUGGUUCCAUGCUGCCGUUACUUGUACGUUCUGCAGAUAAAGUUGUACCCAAGAAACAAAGUGUUGUCAUGUGGGUUUUGUUUGUUAUUGGGUUGCCACUUUAUUUGCCAAGAAGGGUUACAAUACCAAUGGUUACUAAAGAAAAAUGGUGCAAGCCAUUUGGUGUGGUUUCAAUGGGCUUAAGCCCAAUUAUGCUAGCUCUUAUUUUGAACUCACAAAACAAAAUGGGUUCAAAAGCUGGUGUGGUGGUGUGGUUUAUUGCAUUAGUGAUUGGGAUUGCUUUAGGGAGUUGUACAUUUGCUUUUACAAGUAGUACGAUUGCACCACAAAAGUGUUUGUUGCUUUGGUAUGCAAGUGGGUUUUUGAUGAGUGUCACAUGGACAUACAUCACUGCUGAGGAGUUGGUCUCUUUGUUGCAGUCACUAGGGACUAUUGUUGGGAUCAGCCCUUCAGUUUUAGGGCUUACUGUACUAGCUUGGGGCAACUCACUUGGUGACUUGGCGACGAAUGUUGCUAUGGCAAUGCAAGACGGGCCCAAUGGAGCCCGGAUUGCUAUAGCAGGUUGUUAUGCUGGACCUGUGUUUAAUAUUUUUGUUGGGCUAGGGUUUUCGUUUGUAAUUGCGUGUUGGUUGGAUUAUCCGGCAUCAUAUGUGGUGCCGGAGAACCCUUAUUUGUGUGAAACCAUUGGUUUCUUGAUUGGGGGUUUAUUAUGGGCUCUUGUGGUGUUGCCCAACAGGGAAAUGCGGCUCGACCGAACAUUGGGAGGUGGUCUUUUAGCUAUCUAUUUUUGUUUCCUGUUCGUUAAGAUUGCUAGGGUUAUUGGAUUGAUCGACGUUUCUAAGUCCAACUCAAUUGAAUCCUUACAAGCAGUAAUGUGAUGUUUUUUUUUCAUUUGGCAACAAUCUUGGAAACCAUCACCCUUGUAUGUUUGUAUCUUUAUUGUAAAAGCUCCAUUUAACAUAA